GCCCAAAUUGCAAUUCGUUUCAGCCCAAUUUCAACUUCAUCAAUAUUUCUUCUUCAACAAGCUAAUACCACUUCUAAAUUGCUCUUUCAUAUUUCUCGGGCGAAUUCUUCACCAUCUCUUUCUCCAAAAUUAAUUUCUAAAGGUUAUCAAUGAUGAAGAUCGAUUUUAGCGGACUUGAACCGAGUGCGCCACUUCGAAGGGAGGCUUCUGAGCUGUUUGAUGGCAUUCCGAGUUCUCCUUCAUUCCAGCUUCCUAAUGCUGCUAAUUUUGAUGGUUUUCAAAAAGAAGCAAUCCAAAUGGUGAAGCCUGCGAAGGGAACCACAACACUUGCUUUCAUUUUUAAAGGAGGUGUCAUGGUUGCUGCUGAUUCUCGGGCUAGCAUGGGAGGAUAUAUAUCAUCUCAAUCUGUGAAGAAAAUCAUUGAAAUUAAUCCCUAUAUGCUUGGCACAAUGGCUGGUGGGGCUGCUGACUGCCAAUUCUGGCAUAGAAACCUAGGAAUCAAGUGCCGCCUUCAUGAACUGGCAAACAAAAGGAGAAUUUCAGUUACUGGAGCUUCAAAGCUGCUGGCAAACAUUUUAUAUUCUUACCGCGGAAUGGGUUUGUCUGUUGGAACCAUGAUUGCUGGUUGGGAUGAGAAGGGUCCAGGAUUGUAUUAUGUGGAUAGUGAGGGAGGACGGCUUAAAGGAAACAGAUUCUCUGUUGGAUCUGGUUCACCUUAUGCUUAUGGUGUUUUGGAUAAUGGAUACCGAUAUGAUUUGUCAGUGGAAGAAGCAGCUGAGUUGGCUAGACGUGCAAUUUAUCAUGCUACUUUCCGUGAUGGAGCUAGUGGAGGUGUUGCUAGUGUUUAUCAUGUCGGACCAAAUGGAUGGAAGAAGCUAUCAGGCGAUGAUGUUGGAGAACUCCACUACAACUACUAUCCCGUCGAAGUAGCGGCUGUGGAACAGGAGAUGGCUGAAGUGCCAGCAGCCUGAGGAAAAAGGACCCUGUAAUAGUGUUUGCUUAUGGUCAUGAUUUUGUAGACCAGGUUAAAUGUCCUCAUCUUUGCAAAUUAGAGAGACGUCAAAGUUUGUUUUUCUUCUCAGACUGUAUUAUGUUCUUGCAAUCUGUAGAGGUCAAAAUUUACUCACAUCGGGGUGGUUACACCAAGCCAAUAGAUGCAAGACACGUGUCUUUCGUUCACAAAUUCGUCACUUGAUAAUGGUUUAAUUAUAUGUGUUCUCACUUAAAUUGUUAACUGUUAAGGUCAAAUUGUUUAAUU